AUGUAUCGUGCAACGGCGGAGAAAGUCAAGACGGUCACUGCAGCACGUAGUCAAUCUAUUAUCUUUCUGUCCAACACUCCAAGCACGCGAGAUAUGCCGGGUAUCCAGCUAGAUGACGCCCAGAAAUCGAUAAUUUUGAACCACGCCAAUCGCUUGCUGGGCGCAAGACAACAUCCCAAGACGAUCUGCCCCUCCGAAAUUGCCCGUGCAUUCUCAGCUCAGGAAUUGCAGAGUCUCGGCGCCGCAGAGUGGAGAGAGACUAUGGACACUGUGCGACAAGUCGUAUGGGAAAAGCGGCAAGCUGGGGAGGUCGAGGUGAUGCAGAAGGGCGAGGUUGUGGGGGUGGAGAGUUUGGAGGAAAUCAGAGGGCCGAUCAGGCUGAGGAUGGUUAAAAAGUAA